AUGGAUACUCGCCUCAAUAUCAUAAUCGUGUCGGUAUUGCUGGUUGUUAUGGCUACUGUGUCCAACUCCCAGACGGUCUGCAAUGCGACUGUCGCGGGGCUCCAGUCUUGCCUGCCAGCAGCUAAGCCACCCAACCCACCGCCACCCACGGCGGCAUGCUGCGCUUCGCUGAAGCACGCCGACUUUUGCUGCCUAUACUCAUACCGAGACUCGCCUUUGCUGCCUUCCCUUGGAGUGGACCCCAAGCUCGCCUUUCUGAUCCCUGACAAGUGCCACCUUUCUCAUCCUCCUCCUUCCCACUGCUAA